AUGGCGGAUGCUAAUAUUAAAACGACUGCUGAUAAUGCCGUUCAUCGUCGUCCUGAAGUGGAACACUUUCUGAAUUUAAAUACAAUUCUUCAUUCCUUAGUGGAUUUUAUUCGACCUGAAACAUACAUCGCACAAGACGAAUUGCAAACUUACAAUGAAUUAAAAGAAAAGUUUCUUCAUCAUGAAGAAGUAGCGAAACGAACUAAAGGGCAAACAAGCAAAUCGCCUUUGGAAAUCGCUGGUGUUCAGUCGAUUCGAACAACAUCAGGAAUCUAUCGGUUUCUCGCUCAUCAUCAAAGUACAAAAACCAACGGGUCGACAGUGAAUAACAAACAAAAAGCAAAGACAACAUUGACUCGUGAAGAAUUACUCAAGAAACUUCAUAGUAAAAUGCCACAUCGUCAGCAGCAAGCAGAAAACGGAACUGAUCAAAGUGCUAAACGUAAACGUACGAAGGAUGAAAACAAAGAUCGUCAAAAGAAACCACGUACUAUGACAAAAGAAUGGACAGCGCCAUCGUCGAAUUCGUCGGAAACGAAAUCAUCGACUCUUCAACCUGCAACUGUUCCAACUCAGCUCACAUUCGGUCGUUUUGAUUUCAAUACCGAUGAUUCGCCGUUCACCGAUUCGAAGAAGAAAAAACAAAAGAAGUUUCAAACGAAGCAAAAACAACUAAUAAAUACAUUGAAAAAAGUCGAAUCCGAACGGGAUGAGUUGACGCGUUUACAAGAAGAAAAUCCCGAAGAAGGAAAAGAACUCCUCCGUUCUAAACAUUGGAAAACAGCAUUAGCGAAAGCCAAGGGUGAAAAAGUUCGUGAUGACGUACAUUUAUUACGUAAGACAAUUAAGAAGCAGAGCAAACUUCGUCAACAAUCAGCGAAGAAAUGGCAACACAAGAAGGCAGAGACGGAUAAGCAAAUGAAAGCAAGACAAAAUAAACGUCAAGAAAAUAUUCAAAAGAGAAAAGAUGAGAAGAAAGCGAAAAUUAAAAAACGACUGAUCAAAAAAGGUCGUUUAAUCAGUUAA